CCCAACUCCGGUCUGGAUUGUGACAGCCCUGGUUGUGGGAGUCGUAGGAAGGGUCAGGGAGACCCAGGAAACCUAGAAAUGGACCCAGUGGCCUUUGAAGAUGUGGCUGUGACCUUCACCCUGGAGGAGUGGGCUUUACUGGAUCCUUCACAGAAGAAACUCUAUAGAGAUGUGAUGCGGGAAACCUUCAGGAACCUGGCCUCAAUAGGUAAAGAAUGGGAAGAUCAUGACAUUGAAGACGAAUACAGAAACAAGGAGAAAAAACGAAGAAGUCAUAAGAUAGAGAGACUCUGUGAAAGUAAAGAAGGUAGUCAAUGUGAGAAAAACUACAGCAGUAUUCCAAAUCACAAUUUGAAGAGGAAAACUCUUCCUAGAGUAGAACCAUGGGAAUAUACCAUGUGUGGAAAAGUCUUCAUGCAUCAUUCAUCUCAUAAUAAGCACACCACAUGUCACACUGGACACAAGUCCUCUAAGUAUCAGAAAUACGGAGAGAAACCACAUAAUUAUAAGGUAUUAGGCAGAGUGUUCAGUUAUCUUCAAUUUUUAGAAAAACAUGAAAAAAAUAACAAUGAAGACGAACCCAGUAAAUGUAAGGAAUAUGGGAAAGCCUUCGUGUCACUCAAAACCCUUCAAAGACACAUGAGUACGCAUACUGUAGAUGCUCCUUAUAAAUGUAAGAAGUGUAGGAAAACCUUCAGUUGUUCAACUUCACUUCAAAUAUGUGAAAGAACCCACACAGGAGAGAAGCCUUAUCAAUGUAAACACUGUGGAAAAGCCUUAAGGUGUUACCAAAGUCUUGAAAUACAUGAAAGAAAUCACACUGGAAAGAAACCUUAUAUAUGUAAAAAAUGUAGUAAAGCAUUCAGUUGUCUCCCUUAUCUUCGAAGUCAUGAAAGAAUUCACUCUGAAGAAAAGCCCUAUGAAUGUAAGGAAUGUGGAAGAGCCUUCAGAUAUCAUCAAAGUUUCCGAAAACAUGAAAGAAAAUUCACUGGAGAGAAGCCCUAUGAUUGUAAGGAAUGUGGGAAAGCUUUCAGAUGUUUUAAAAGUUAUCGAAGACACAAAAGGACUCACACUGUAGAAAAACCUUAUGAAUGUAAAAAAUGUAGUAAAGCAUUCAGAUAUCCCAGUUGUCUUCGAAGACAUGAAAUAAAUCACAGUGCAGAGAAACCCUAUCAAUGUCAGGAAUGUGGAAGAGCCUUCAAAACUCAUCACACUUUUCGAAAACAUGAAAGAAAAUUCUUUGGAGAGAAGCCCUAUGAAUGUAAGGAAUGUGGGAAAGACAUCAGAUGUUAUAAAAGUUUUCAAAUACAUCAAAGAAAUCACACUGGAAAGAAACCCUAUGAAUGUAAAAAAUGUAAUAAAGCAUUCAGUUAUCCCAGUGGUCUUCAAAAACAUGAAAGAAAUCACACUGCUGAGAAACCCUAUAUAUGUAAAGAAUGUAAUAAAGCAUUUAGUUGUCUCCCUUACCUUCGAAAACAUGAAAGAAGUCACAAUGAAGAGAAACCUUAUGAAUGUAAAAAUUGUAGUAAAACAUUCAAGUAUCCCAGUGAUCUUCGAACACAUGAAAGAAAGCACAAUGAAGAGAAACCCUAUGCGUGUGAGGAAUGUAAAAAAGCCUUCAGAUAUUACAGUUCCUUACAAAUACAUGAGAGGACGCACACAGGAGAGAAACCCCAUGAAUGUAAACACUGUGGUAAAGCCUUCACUUGGCGCACCACCCUUCGAAGACACAUGAAAAUGCAUACUGGAAACACACCAUAUCAAUGUAAGGAAUGUGGGAAAGCAUUCACCUGCCUUAGUUUGUAUCAAAGACAUGAAAGGACUCACACUGGAGAGAAACCAUAUGAAUGUAAACAAUGUGGUAAAGCCUACAGACAUAAAGGUUCUUUACAAAUUCAUAAGAGAACUCAUACUGGAGAAAAACCCUAUGAAUGUAAGGAAUGUGGAAAAGCCUUCAGUCGUAAAAAAAUCCUUCAAGUACACGUGAGAGUGCACACUGGUAGAAAUCAUAAAUGUGAACAAUGUGGAAAAGCCUUCAGUCAUUCCUCUGCCUUCCAUAAGCAUGGAAAGACCCACUGGAUAAAACUUCUUGAAUGUAAGUAAUAUGGGAAAGAUUUGAAUUGGCCCACAUCCCUAUAUGUGAAAUCUCCCACCAAAAAGAAAUAAAAUCUAAAUAACUUAUGAAGGUUUGAUGGAAAUUAUUCAUGUUUAGUGUUCCAGAAAACUUUCAAAAUAAAAAAUUGUUAAAAUUGAAAAUGAACUCUGUUUCCUACCUUUCUUAAAGUGCAUUAUUGGAAUGUGGAUUUCUGCUGUAGUUGACCCUUGAACAGCUUGGGCUUUAAAAUCCCCAACCACCCGUGCAAUUAAAAAUCUGCUUAUGACUCAAGCCAGCCUGCGUAUAAGUGGAUUUCUAACCCUCGGUUCUAAAUGCAGUUGACCCUUGAAUACCAUGAGUUUGAAUUGCAUGAGUCUUGUUAUAUGUGGAUUUUUCUUCAAGAGUCAACUUUACUUUCAGAAAUGAUUAUUGAGGUGAGAUAAUUCUAUGCGUUGUCUUUCAACAAGAGUACAUAACAUUAAUAGGUAGUGAUUUUUCAUUAAAUCAGUUACUCAUAUUAUCUUUUUACAUUUUGGAGCCUGUUAUA